UACCGGAUAAACUACUUGAUAUAUGUAGAACAAGCCACGGAGUGGAUCGUUAACAGUUUUCUAGUGGUUUAUUAUAUGGUUUUCGUUAUGUAAUUUCAACAGCUCAAGAUUCGUUCCAGAUUGUCAUGUCAAACCUCUGUGAGAUCAGCAGGAUUGGAUUUUAACGUGUAUUUCUUUGGAAUGUGCUCCACACUUCCGUCAAAAAGUUCUAAAACGGUGUCGUCUGAUUGCCUGAUGAGAGAGGGGUCAUUAUAAGCAAUCAACGCUUUAAGUUACUGAUCUCUGAACAGGAAGACAAAAAUGAGUUCGAGCAAAGGGUUUGAUCCCUAUCAAGUCUUUGAGGUGGAACACAGAUCCUGUCAGAUUUUGAAUGUAAAGGUUGUCCGCGGCAGAAACAUCACAAAAGGAUGGAUGGAUUACGUGGAUACCCCAGAUCCCUACUUGAUUUUACGGAUUAGAACUGCCCCCGAAGGUCGCCGACGAACAACGACCAAGGAUAAUGAGGUCAACCCGGUCUGGAACGAGGAGUUCACAUUCCUUUUGGACGGGGAGGUCGAAAACAAAUUACACAUGAUUUUAAUGGAAGCAAACCCUGGAUCACUGGAUCAGACGAUCGGCGACGCGUGGUUUCCGUUGAAUUCUCUGUCUCCAACUGAAAUUACAAGAAAGUCGUUUUUCUUUAAUGGGAAAUCUGAGGUAGAACUUGAAUUCAGUAUUCACGAAGAUGAAAAUCCUACUCUUCGGUACAGCUUGUGUCUUUGUGACGAAGAAAAAGAUUUCAUAGAGAAGAGAAAAGAUGUGGUCAUGAAUAAAAUGGUGGAAUUACUAGGAAAAGAAAAGGGACCUCAAGACAUAGAGGACGUUCCAUCCGUAGCCGUUAUUGGAUCUGGGGGCGGAUUCCGAGCUAUGGUGGCGUAUAGUGGAGUGUUCAACGCCUUGAAAAAGUCCGGGAUCCUAGAUUGUACUUCAUAUGUCUGCGGACUGUCCGGCUCUUCAUGGUAUUUAUCCACGCUUUACUCACACAAAGACUGGCCAGAAAUGCAUCCCGGCGACAUGCAGGAAGAAUUGAUGAAUAAUAUAGACUCUAGCUUAAUUUGGCUGCUAUCACCGCAAAGUAUUUACCGCUAUGUGGAUCGCAUUCUUGAAAAACGUAGAAAUGGACAGCCUAUUAGUUUUACUGAUAUAUUUGGACACCUCGUGGGUGAAACACUGCUCAAAGACAGACUAACAACAAAAUUAUCGGACAUGAGGGAGAAAGUCAAAAAUGGAAGAGUACCACUUCCGUUGAUGACGUGUGUAAAUGUAAAAGCAGAUCGAUCGGCGAGAAGUUUUCAAGAAUGGGUGGAAUUUUCUCCCUAUGAAAUUGGAAUGCCAAAAUAUGGAGCCUUUAUGAACUCAGAGUAUUUUGGAAGCAAGUUUUUCAUGGGUAAACUGGUCAAACAUUACGGUGAACCACCUCUUCAUUUCUUGCAGGGGAUUUGGGGGAGCGCCUUUUGUAUUUUAUUUAAGAGGUUAUUGGAGGACAAUAGGAAUAAAGAUCCUGUAGAAAUGAUUCGACAAGAGAUGGUUAAGACACUUGAACAAACUCCGAACGAAGAGUCGAGUGAUAGCAGCGAAGAUGAAGAAGAUGAAGAAGAGCCAGAAACAGAGAAACCCCUCACAGAGAAGCCAGGAAGUAAGAAUGUCUUCUCCUUCCCGCCGACCGCCAACCAAACCAUGUCCAAUGGGCACGGAAACCCCCGCCAAAGAAACGACCCUGUCCGGAGGACCAAACAGAAGGGGUAUUGGAACAACUUCCUGUCGGGGCUCUUGGAGAAUAAGCGAUUCGAGAUGCUCAAUUCCCGGGCCGGCAGAGCUGGUGUGGUACACAAUUUUAUGAGAGGGUUGUCGUUACAACAAACAUUUCCCCUCUCCCCCUUCUGCCCAGACAACGAAGGGAACAGGAAGAGUGAUGACUUUGACGGCCUGCAUGAAAUGCACCCUACCAACGUUAAACGUUUAUACAUGGUGGAUGCAGGCCUGACGUUCAAUUCACCCUAUCCCCUGGUACUGCGAGCCCAGAGAGCUGCAGAAAUCAUCCUGUCAUUUGAUUUCAGUGCUAGGCCCAGUGAUACCACCCCACCAUUUAAGGAACUUAAGUUGGCGGAAAAAUGGGCCAGCAUGAACAAGCUUUCCUUUCCUCCCAUUGACACUACGGUAUUUGACCGGGAAGGAAUGAAGGAACUCUACAUAUUCAAACACCCCACGGACCCCUACUGUCCCAUUGUCCUUCAUUUCUGUCUUGUUAACAUCGAGUUCCGAAGAUUCAAAGCUCCAGGAGUUGAAAGAAAGACCGAAGAGGAAAUAAAAUUUGCUGCUUUUGAUAUUUUUGACGACAAAGAAUCACCAUACUCAACAUUUAAUUUCAAAUAUUCACAUGAUGCUUUUAAGCGGCUUUCAAAACUUACGGAAUUCAAUACAUUGCUACAUGUAGAGGAUAUAAAGAAUGUGAUUGCAGAGGUAAUUAAAAAUAAACGUGAAAAUGGCCCUAAGAUUCCAAUAUCAGUGAACGAAAUCAAAUUUCUAAAACGAGUCAGUGUUAAAAAUAGACAAACAUUGAGUAGGUACAUCAGCAAAAUCGAAGAAGGAAGUUUGCGUCGAAAAAGCGGAGGAGACGUUCAAAUUCAAAGUUUAAGAGAUCAUGGUAGGUUACGAAAAGCUGAUAGUGACUCUGUGGACAAAAUGAAGAAGCGAACAAACGUGACUAUAAAGGGAACUAGGCGUAUAAACAUUCGCACCAGCGCCUCACCAGAUCCUUCACUGACGUCACCACGUGAGGACGAGGAAUGGGACACUGUUGAUGCGCAGGUGCGAUCGCGCACGACGAAAGGUCGAAAAUUUGCUCCGCAGGAAAACUUCGUCACCGCCGCGGAAGGACUUCCGGGUGACAUGUGGGCGGAUCCAGUGUGUCACUCUGAUUCGGAGGAGGAAUUUUACGUGUGUCAAUCAGACAAUGAAGAGAACGACUCAUAGCAUUGUCAAAUUUACAAAUUAUGGAAUGAUGCAGGGUCUACAAAUAUCUCCAGCAAUCCCCCGUGUAACCUGCUUUUUGUAUCUGAAGCUUAUUGACCAGAUUGCAUUUUAUCCACAUCAUGAGUUUUUGGAUUAUCUGAAUUAAUUUUUGACUUUUUUUGUUUAAUUUGUUCUUCUUUAAUUUUGAUCUGAGUUCGUAGUAUAUACAUAUUUUGGUUACAUUUUCAGACACAAGAAUCUCCACGAAUGCAUGAGUUUCAUUACAUCUUAUUACUUUUAUUGAAUUCUAAACAAAAGAUCAAAAAGUAUCCAAAAGCACACAUUUAAACACAAAGAAAACUAAAAGUUAUGAAUAGAUUUAGGGAGGUAGAACAAAAACGA